ACUCGACCCAACACGUGUUACGUUGCAUCAAUGUCCAUGAAGAUGAUCAACAUGAAUAGAAAUUCUCCAAAUAUUUUAGUAACAGGCACACCUGGAGUAGGAAAAAGUUUAAUGUCUCGUACUUUAUCCGAAAAAACCGGAUUAACCUGGAUUGAUGUUAGCAAGUUUGCUAUUGAAAAGGAAUGUCUAGAAGAGUAUGAUGAAGUUUAUCAGUGUCCUAUUUUAGAUGAAGACAAGUUAUUGGAUGAAAUGGAAGGACUUAUGUGUGAAGGUGGAAAAAUUGUUGACUAUCAUGGAGCUGAUUUUUUCCCAGAAAGGUGGUUUGACAUUGUUUUUGUAUUAAGAACAGAUAACACUAUUUUAUAUGAUCGUUUGAGAGAAAGAGGCUAUACAGGGAAAAAGUUAGAAGAUAAUAUUGAUUGUGAAAUAUUUCAAACUAUUCUUGAAGAAGCAAAGUUAGCUUAUAAGGAAGAAAUAGUUCAUGAACUGACAAGCAAUAAUCCAAAUCAAAUUACAGAAAAUGUAAAUAGAAUAUGUCAAUGGAUUGAGCAAUGGACAAUAGAUAAUCAAAAAAAAUAA